UUGAACAGCAGAUAAAUGUUUAAAAUUCAAUUUUUCAAGUCUGUGUUGAUUGGUUUGCCUCUAAUAUGACUAUUCUGGAAUUGGUGAAUUGAAGAAAAUGUACAAACCUGCUUGCCAUUCUUAUCUAUUUUUUUCAGUAUUACACAACUGUAAUGGAGCAGCAGGGAAAUGGACAGCUGAUCGUCCCCCUGCAGAUCUACCCAAGAGCUUGCAAGCCUCCUGGGAAAAGGAACAUACAUGGCCUGAAGGUAAAUACGCGAGCAGGGUCUGCUAACAAUAGCAGUGCGGCCAUCUCAGACUCCCUUCCAAGCCAUAGUCUGAAGAAGUCCUCCGCUGAGCUGAAGAAAAUCCUAGCAAAUGGCCAGGUGGAGAUGAAUGAACAAGACAUACGGUAUCGAGACAUCCUUGGGCACGGCAACGGAGGAACCGUUUACAAAGCAAACCACGUCCCCAGUGGGAAAAUACUAGCCGUAAAGGUGAUUCCUUUAGAUAUUACACUAGAACUUCAGAAACAGAUUAUGUCUGAAUUAGAAAUCCUUUAUAAGUGCGAUUCAUCCUAUAUCAUAGGAUUUUAUGGUGCUUUUUUUGUAGAAAACCGGAUUUCCCUUUGUACUGAAUUUAUGGAUGGGGGCUCCUUAGAUGUCUACAGAAAAAUUCCAGAACACGUCUUGGGAAGAAUAGCUGUAGCUGUUGUUAAAGGCCUUACAUAUUUAUGGAGCUUAAAAAUUUUACAUAGAGACGUGAAGCCCUCGAAUAUGUUGGUGAACACAAGAGGCCAGGUCAAGUUAUGUGACUUUGGAGUGAGCACCCAGCUAGUGAAUUCCAUAGCAAAGACAUACGUCGGGACGAAUGCAUAUAUGGCACCAGAACGAAUUUCCGGAGAACAGUACGGCAUUCAUUCUGAUGUUUGGAGUCUAGGAAUUUCCUUCAUGGAGCUUGCUCUCGGGAGGUUCCCCUAUCCUCAGAUUCAGAAAAACCAGGGAUCUUUAAUGCCUCUCCAGUUACUUCAGUGCAUUGUUGAUGAGGUGAGUCGCUGUCUUAUGUGCUUUCACUCCUAAAGUCAUCCCUAAUGGACUGGAAAGCUUAUAUUUUGUUUCCUAAUGAAGCACAAUGGCCCAACGUCCUCAACAGCGAGACAAGUUGCCUUGUGCAGCUCUGAGCCGUCGACUAUACUUGGCCUUGUUCUGCUUUGUGCCGUUUUCUGAGUCUUCCUCUUGAAUUCUGGGGGAAAGGAGGCUGUUUUCAGGAAAACCUCUCCCUCUCUUUUUCUUCCCCCUCCCGGAAAGGAAAAGAAGGGCUGUAGAAGCCCUGUGUUAAUUGAUCCCCUCCCUGCAUUGCCAGAUGAGGUGCCAGAAGCUGCAAUUUGGCUUCUGGAGGAGGCUGGCUUAAGGUGUGCUAAAAAAAGGGAGCCCCAUUAACGGGGGUCAGAGUUGAGUGGUAAACAAGAACAGAUUGGAAGGAGGAGUCUUGUGGGAGAAAAUGGUGAUUGACGUGUCUCUUCUGCAAAUCUGGACCUUCUGUAACCAUUUCGUCCCAAUCUGGAGGUUUCCUGCAGGAGCUUCAAGAUGCUGGUGCCUCCUUUGGCACAUGGACAAAUGCCCACCAGCUGCCUUGGGUGACCGGAAUGGGACAACCCAUUGCUGCCAACUCCCCAUGGUCAGCUGGCCAAGAGAUAACUCGGCACGAGAGAAUUCAACAAGUAGAAAAGUUAAAUUACCAUGGCCAAUAAUAAAGUCAAUCCGGAAAUACUAGAGUUACAAUAAUUUAGAUGAAAACAUGGU